UCCACAGAGAUAGGUACAACAGGGAGCCUGGGCCCGGAUGCUGUCCGACAUUGUACGAAACGAUCAGCAUAUCAGCUCUAGAUGUGCUCAUACAAGAGCAUACCAAGUAGCCUCGCCAUUCUGGGAUGCAGUUUACUACUCCAUUACCUACCUACCUAUCUCAUGCAUAUUUGUAGGUCCUUUCACUAUUUGGAGCCAUCUACUGACUGCCUGCAGCCGUCCCACACAAGUUGCUUUUUCGUGGGCAAAUUGAAGAGGGAUCUGCCAGCCUUCAAUAGCGCCGCUCCAUAUCCCAGCUGGGCAGCAGAUCGAUCUUCGAUAAUCCACAACGCGGCGCCUCUGGGGGCCUGUCCCGUGUUCUCGGAUCGCCAGGCAGUACGUUGCUCUAAAGGGCUGAUCCAGCCAGGCUUUGAGCGUUCCCCACCACCACUUCAUUGUUUGCCCUUUGAGUCAGUUCCUGCAGUAACGGGAAGACUUUGUCAUCAGAGGGAGCGGUGAAGGGCUUGAAACAGACUAAUUGCGGCCUUUGUUGUACGGCAGACAACCUGAAUCGUUGAGACGGCGGCCACUGAUCACAA